CAUUCAAAUAAAUUAUUUGAUCAGACUUUAACUCGAGAGUAAACUUUACCUCGAUCAGUUCAAUAACAACUAUUAACUAAUGUCAGUCAUGAUGAAACUUAAUUAUUUGCUUAAAUUCACAACUUUUCUUUUAACCCUCAGUAUAACCCUAGCAGACAAUUUGCUUGAUGAUGAAUUUUUUCGUGAACUUUCGGAUAAUCCUUCAAUAAUCGAGGCUUAUAAUGAAAGUCCAACAGUUGCUAAAACCCAAGUCAUUAUGGGACCUUUGCGUAAAGACAAAGAUGAAGCUGCAACUUGUGGUCAACUGAUUUCGUCUCGUGGAUUUGAAUAUGAAGUGCAUUUCGUGACAACAGCCGAUGGUUACAUUUUAAAAAUUUAUCGGAUGAUAAAUCGAAAUGCAAUUUCAUCUGGAAAAAAGCGAAAACCAUUUCUACUAAUUCAUGGUUUUCUUGAAUCGUGUGCAAACUGGCUCUACAGUCAACCAAGUGGCCAGAUGAAAGAUUGGGUUAAUGGAAACCCACCAAACGACACUUCACCAGCUUUGGCCUUUUUCUUGGCCAAUUUGGGUUUCGAUGUGUGGUUGAUAAAUUUAAGAGGAACAACUUAUUCAACCAAUCACACCAAGCUCAACCCAAAUACUGAUGACGAAUUUUGGGAUUUCACCUUUUACGAAAUGGCCAUUUACGAUGUGCCCGCCACAGUUAAUUACAUUAAAAAUGUUACUCAGUAUGACCAAAUCUCAGUUGUAGCCCAUUCACAAGGAACAAUAAUAAUCCUCAUUCAAUUGUCUCUUAUGCCUGACUUUGAAGCAAAUUAUAACCUUAUAUUUUUAGCCGCACCAAUUGGUUAUUUAGCAGACAUAAAAGGCACUUUUGCCUUGCUUCCUCGAUUGGAAAUCCUCGCUGACUUAUUUGGUGCUCCAAGAGCUGCAUUCCCUCCAGGCCUUGCUUACAUCAAUGCCUUUGGUGGGUUAUUUUGUCAAAACCCGCUCAACCAACUGAUUUGCCUUCAAAUUUUCGAUUCCGUCAUUGGCUUUGACUACAAACAGAUAAACCUAUCUCGAUUACCCGUUUACAUAAGCUCAAUAGAGCAAACGUCAUUCAAAAAUUUUGGUCAUUUUGCUCAAUCAGUGAUAAAAGAUCACAUUAGCUAUUUCGAUCACGGAGAAGAUGAAAACCUAGCCUUGUACGGAUCUCGAGAACCUCCAAAAUUUCCAUUCCAUCGGAUCAAAACAAAAAAAUUGAUAUUGAUAAGUUCACGAGGAGAUUUCCUUGCAACCCAGAAAAGUGUCGACAAACUGAGACACUCUCUCAACGGACUAUUUAGCGACUAUUUAACAGCAAUUAUGAUUUUACUUUUAAAAUUGUGUUCAAUUGUUUUCGUUUUAAAGCUACUCUUGCCUCGAGUCUGCCACUGUCAACUGUUGUUUUCAUCCAAUGUAGAUCCAGACUUUUCCCGAACUCCAUGUGAAUUGAUUGAAUCUAGAAAGUUCAUUUGUGAAGAGCAUUUUGUGACUACUGAUGAUGGUUACAUCCUUGCCCUUCAUCACAUCAUUAAUCCAGUUUACAAAAGAUUGGGCAAAAAGUUGAUUAAACCAUUGGUUUUACAACACGGACUUUUAGGUUCUUCAACCCAUUUCUUGACCAACUCGAAUGGCGGUUUUGCUGCUGAUUGGACAAAUGAAACAGUUUCAGUUGAUUUGACUGUCGAAGGACGCAACUUGGCCUUUCUUUUGGCUAACAUUGGUUAUGAUGUUUGGAUGCCAAACUCGAGAGGAAACAAGUAUUCCAAAAAUCACACAACUCUCGAUCCAAAUCAGGAUUCAAGUUUCUGGCAAAUAUCUUUCGAUGAAAUGAUUUCCUAUGAUUGUCCAGCAGUUAUUGAUUACGUUUUAAGCAAAACUGGAUUCGAUCAUCUUGGAUGGAUUGGCCAUUCCCAAGGAAGUUUAAUCAUGUUUGGCAUGUUGGCUGAGAGACCUGAAUAUACGGACAAAGUGAAACCUUUUGUUGCUCUGGCUCCAAUCGCUCAUGUUGAACAUAUCAAAUCUCCUAUUCGUUACAUUACUUUGAUUCCUGGUGCCAUGAGGUUGGUGAAGACCUUAGGAGGUGAACUUUCACUUCCCAGCUUUUUACUUGACAUUUUGUCUGAAAAGGUUUGCGGCAGAAGGAUUGUCCGUCAAGUCUGUGGCUCUGCACUCUUUUUACUCUGUGGCUAUGAUCCAGACCAGUUCAAUUACACUCGAACACCAGUUUAUUAUUCCCAUGCAAUGGGUGGAACCUCGGCUUGGAAUUUGUUGCAUUUUGGACAAAACAUUUUAAAUAGAAAUUUUCUCAAAUUCGAUUAUGGAUUUUUCGGCAACAUUUUCAGAUAUGGAUCACUUUACCCUCCAGCUUAUAAUCUCGAGGCAAUCCAAUCGGAAAAUAUUGUCCUCAUCCGAUCAAAUAAUGAUCCCUUUGCCGACUCACAAGAUGUCCAAAUUUUAAAAGCCUCUUUGAAACAUCCUCACAUUGAUUUUCUGGUUCAAGAUCAAAAGUUUAACCAUUUGGAUUUCAUUUGGGCAAAAAAUGUCUAUGAACAAGUUUAUGGACCAAUGCUUGGGAUACUUGAAAGGUUCAAUUGAUUAAUGACUUUUUGUUUACAAUGUUUCUCUAUGAGUGCAAAAUUUUUUACGAUUUUUUUAAUUAUAAUUUAAUUUUUUUACUAUUUUUUUGUAUAAAAUGAUUUUGUAUUUUUUUGUAUAAGUUGUGCUUCAAUACAAAUAUCUAGUCAAAACUUGAUGCAAUAAAUUGAGUGAAUUACAUUUGAAAAG